AAUGUUUCCAGCCUGAUAGAGGAGACUGGGAGGUGAUACCAUUGUGUCCUGCGAAGGCAAGAUACAAGCUGGCAUCUCCUUGAGUCCUCCUUUCUCUGCCGAUUUAAAUUUGCAAGGCAUGAAAACAGGAAAAAGAGUUCCUGCUGGGAUCCCCCGAAGCCAAAAGCUGUCAAUUCAAAAGAGCAGGCUCGACCACUCUGGACUAUAAGUAAGAGUAUGUACUUUCAUCAUAGUUAGCCGACAGCUUAGCACCACAGCCUCAGACAACCCACCACUACCAAAGAUCAGCAGCACCAAGACAUCACUGGAUAGAGAAGUGAAAAAUAAAUAUAUGGAAUGAAAAAAGAAGAUGAAGAAAAUGAUGUUGUGAGUCUACAGAAGUAUUUGAGGCAACUCAGAAAAACUCAGUGGUUUGAAGCUCCAGGUCCAUUGAUAGACCCACUCCCCAGAUUGGAACGGAUACAUUCUGAAUUUCAGAGCUUUUAGCAAAGGAAGCUAAUUUCUCAUCUUCAGUCUGGUAUUUUGGAGGUUCAUCAAUCUGUUCUUGAUGUUUCUGGAAUACUAAUUGGAGGAAAACUCCUGCUGCUGUAUUCUUGGCUGCUGUAUCUGCAUGGUUGUUACCCAUACUGAUAUCGUUGUUUGAGUGGUGGGCUUUGCAAUGCAUUGGAGCUACUUCUUUUGGUACUUCAUGAUCCAGUUUUGCUCCUGGCUUCAGCUGGAUAGCUACAGGUUCUGAUUGUCUCGACCAUCCAGGUGUUCCUGUUGCCCAGACCCAUGGUAUCACUGCAACUUCCACUCCUUCCGCUUGUGUGGCUGGGGUUAAACGUCUUCCUCUUUUGGUGGUUCUAUCUUGCAUAUGAUCUCCCACAAAAUUUCUUCUACACCAGAGUACUCCUUGGCCGUGCUUUGGCUCUGGCAAGAGCUCCUGCAGCGUGUCUGAAUUUCAACUGCAUGCUGAUUCUGCUGCCAGUAUGUCGAAACUUGCUCUCCUUCCUCAGAGGAUCAAGUGCGUGUGUGUAGGAAUCACAAGUAGUCUGCAAAUAUUUUUUUCCUCAAACUCAAAGUGCUGCUCUACCCGUGUAAGACGGCAACUGGACAGGAACCUCACCUUUCACAAAAUGGUGGCAUGGAUGAUCGCCCUUCAUACUGCAAUUCACACCAUUGCACACUUAUUCAAUGUAGAGUGGAGUGUGCAUGCACGUGUUGAAGAGGAAGGAACUUUGGCAGCUGUUCUUUCUAGACUUGGUGAUAGCCCAAAUGAAAGCUAUAUCAACUUUUACAGACAAACUAUUCCGAAUCCUGUGGGGGGCUUAUAUGUGGCUUUCACGUACUUGGCUGGUCUCACUGGUGUUAUCAUCACUCUGGCCCUCAUACUAAUCAUCACAUCAUCCACCAAAAUCAUCCGAAGGUCAUAUUUUGAAGUGUUUUGGUACACUCAUCAUCUAUUUGUCAUCUUCUUUAUUGGCCUUGUCAUCCAUGGUGCUGGGCGUAUUGUGCGGGGACAGACAGCUAUGAGUCUGGCUGAACAUAUUCCAGAGGUGUGCUCUAAGAACUUCACUGACUGGGGAAAGAAAGGAGCUUGCCCAGUCCCGCAGUUUGCAGGGAACCCUCCUAUGACAUGGAAAUGGGUAGUAGGUCCCAUGUUUUUGUACUUCUGUGAGAGGUUGGUGCGGUUUUGGAGAUCACAGCAGAAGGUUGUUAUCACAAAGGUGGUGAUUCAUCCCUUCAAGACAAUUGAGCUCCAGAUGAUGAAGAAGGGUUUCAAGAUGGAGGUCGGGCAGUACAUUUUUGUCAAAUGCCCAGCAGUGUCUAAACUGGAAUGGCAUCCAUUCACAUUAACCUCUGCCCCAGAAGAAGAUUACUUCAGCAUUCACGUCCGUAUUGUAGGGGACUGGACAGAGGGCUUGUUCAAUGCCUGUGGAUGUGAUAAGCAGGAAUUCCAGGAAGCAUGGAAGUUGCCCAAGAUAGCUGUGGAUGGCCCCUUUGGAACUGCCAGCGAGGACGUGUUCAGUUAUGAAACUGUUAUGCUGGUUGGAGCCGGGAUAGGGGUAACGCCAUUCGCAUCUGUGCUCAAGUCUGUCUGGUACAAAUACUGCCACGAUGCAACCAACCUAAAACUUAAGAAGAUCUAUUUUUACUGGCUUUGCAGGGACACUCAUGCCUUUGAAUGGUUUGCUGACCUCUUGCAGUCUCUGGAGACUCAAAUGCAGGAGAGGAAUAAUGCAGAGUUUCUCAGCUAUAACAUCUACCUUACUGGCUGGGAUGAAACUCAGGCCACUCAUUUUGUAAUGCAUCAUGAAGAGGAGAAGGAUGUGAUUACAGGCCUUAAACAGAAAACGUUGUAUGGAAGACCUAACUGGGAAAAUGAGUUCAAAACCAUUGCGAGGCAGCAUCCAGGUUCCAGAAUAGGUGUUUUUCUCUGUGGACCUGAGGGCCUCGCUGACACACUCAACAAGCAGAGCAUCAGCAACUCAGAAGCUGACCCACGAGGAGUACACUUCAUUUUUAACAAGGAAAACUUCUAACUCCCAAAUAUAUGGCAGUCUGGAUCUCUUUCUGUUUGGAGUCUGGGAAGGACAGUCCAGCUCCUAAUCUCAGCUACACUAAUGCAUAUCUCUUUGCUUCUUUGGAGUUAUUCUGACGCUGUGGUAGAGUAAGAAUCAAUCACCUUAGGAAAGUUUGCACUGCCCCCCGCAUGCUGGCAAUUUAGCCGAAACCUAUUCUUUGUCUGCAUGAGGGGAUUUCCCCUCAAAUAACUGCCUUUAUCCUCCCGUUAUUCAUAAUGACUGCUGAAGGCUCUAGACAGCCGUAUGCAUCUGGGAGCCAAUUCACAUUGAUAAAGCUUAAUGCUAUUAAACAAGAAAGCAUUCUGGCGUAAUGCUUGCUACUUAGAGACAGCUUAUGCUGGCUACCAAGAGUACUUCAAAAUAGGAAUUUAGGAAAGGGUGUAGGGGAAAGAUUUCUCGUUAAGACAGGAAAUCUGCUUUGAACACAAGAAUCUCUCAGGUUUCCAAAGACAAGCCUAAACACCUUGUCCAAGAGGUAGCGUGAGCAAUGAAAAGCAGCCAGUUCUCUUUAGAAAAGCAGGGUACUGAAAAGGAGCCACCUGGAUGUCAGAGCCCCACUGCCACCAUGCCACAGCUGCAGUCAAGGUUCCAGACAAGCUUGUGCAGCUAUCUGGCUGUAUGUGGCAUAUUUUACACCCCACCUAGCAAGACGAGAUGUGUUCUCCCUUUAAACCAUUUGUAAAUGUUAUCCAAGCACUAUGCGCUACUUUAGAAGGACGGAUUACCAUUCUAUUAUAUAUUAAUAGGAAACUGCCAUGUGACACAUCUGAAGGGCAGGAAGUCACAGCUGGUAAACGCUAGUACAAAUCAACCCUUGGGGAAAUUUUCAGUUCUUGCCCUCAAAAGGGCCAUAUUUAAAUCUACAUAAUUCUGUUUGAAACCCACUUAUUAAAUGAGAACAGAGCUUAAGCGGAAUUAAAGACACUUCUUUGUUGGAAUAAAAUGAAUUGCUACUGAAAUGAUAAGGCUCUCAUCUUGCACAGGGAGCAUCGAGAUAUUUGGCUUUGAUCUUAAUGGGAAUAUGAUCAGAAUUCUUGCAACUCCAGGGAUCUUUCUUGUCGUAGCCAGUUCUAAUGACACUGACAGACCUGCUGCAUACAUAUACCAGGGAUCAUUUGUCCCUUCAAACUCAGAAAAAGGAAUCCUGUGCUUAUUAUUAAACCACUGCCUUCCUAAAACAUAAAAAAAGAGCAAGCAGAUGAAAGCUUAUCAGUUUCCUUCUAAGUUUUGUUUUAUUAAAUGCUGCAAAAAUAUAAGACAUGCAUUAUCAGUUAUCGUCUGAAUAUGAAGUUUAUUUUGAAUUUAUGAUACGUGAGUGAAAUGGCACUGAAAUACAAACAUAAGAAAGAAACUAGUUUGAGACCUCCCUACUCUUCAGCAAAGCAUGGAAUAAUGUCAGUGAUACUGUUUUGAAUCAAUGCUGCUGUCUACCAGCUUGCUGAAAGGAGCAAAGCCCUCCUUCCAAGUACUUGCCUGAUCUAUAAAAGUUCCCCACAUCUGUGGUAUUACUGAUGAGCUACAAGAAACAAAUCAUUUCUUAUAUGGUAAUGGCUGUGGCAACACUGCUGCUUCCCACGCGGGACGUACAGAGCUCUUCACUCAUCCUGAGGAGAGAGCUAGGGCUACAGUGGGCUACAGCUGAGCCUACAAGACAGUCCAGUUUUGUGGCCAGGUGAACUGCUUGGAAUCUGACCACUGCUGUAGGCUGGGCCUCUUGUUGAAAAUUUCCUCCUUCCGGGUGUCUGGGGAUUUUCUGUCAUACGGGCAGCAGCUGGGGUAGUUUUCACAAUCAGCAGAUUUCUUUUGCUGUCACAUUCCUGGCUCCAAAAGGCCUGCUCUGGAAACAGAAGGUGGCUUCUUGCCUUUGGGAAACUGCAUGUGGUAUUCAGCAGUUUAAGUGAAGUUACCUGGUGCAUGACUUUGAUGCAAGAAGCAAGAUUUUCUGAAAGGCAAGGGGAUCCCAAGGUUGCUCCUGUGGACAGUUAGGGGAGGCAGUGCAAGGGAGGAGGGAUGGAGGCAGAAGUCAGGACUUGACAGAACUCUGUCUUUCGUUAAUGAGGGUCUAUUGUGACCCCAAAACUCUUCCCACACCUGUAUCAAGUCACUGACUUGUUGGGUGCCAAAGUAAAUGAGCUAUUGGGAUUGCUCAGACAGUUCUGCUACUGCCCAUGCUUAUGGGGGGCUUUGGAUACCCUCAGAAUCAUCCUGAAUUCCAGUGGUAUGUGAACAUUAGCUGUGGCUCCCCCAUUAAGGCUGUCCUUCUACAGUAUCCUCCAGUCUUAUCUCUGCUUCUCCUGUAGGGAUGACUCUAAAAGAAAUGAGCACCUCUUAUCCCUCCUGACACGAUCAGCAGUGACAGGAAUGUAGCCCACGUGAUUUGCAGUACUGAACUCAAGCUGCACCUAAGUUUACAAAGAUUGAAGCCUGAUCUGUCCUUCCAUCCAGCUACACAAAUUCCCUAUUGAAAUGAAAAAUGCUUUGCUGAUGGCAAGAAGAGCCAGUUGGUGUUGGACUAUAAAAAUAAAUGCUUUGUCUAAUGGAAAGAA